UGGCGGGGGUGGUGCAUGGGCCCCAUCUGGUCCAGUUACUAUGGAAACUGUCGUUCUCUCCUGUUCAUGAUGGACGCCUCUGACCCCACCCAGCUCUCUGCAUCCUGUGUGCAGCUCUUAGGUCUCCUUUCUGCAGAACAACUUGCAGAAGCAUUGGUGCUGAUACUACUUUUCAAUAAAAUCGACCUACCCUGUUACAUGUCCACGGAGGAGAUGAAGUUAUUAAUCAGGCUUCCAGACAUCAUUGCUUGUGCCAAGCAGAACAUCAUCACGGCAGAAAUCAGCGCCCGUGAAGGCACUGGCUUGGCAGGGGUGCUGGCCUGGCUCCAGGCCAUCCACAGAGCCAACAGUUGA